UUGCUAUCUUCAAUAUUGCAGAAGUUAUGGCAAUAGUUUAAGUUUGUCCAAACAAACCAACAGACAGGGCAAAAACAAUAUGUCCCCCACUAUAAUGGUGGGGGACAUAAUAAAAAAGCUAUUUAAACAGGUCUGUGACAUCUGGAUGACCAGCUCCUUUCACUCCGUUAGUGGUACUAUCUAAGUACCAAUCGGAAACCAGAAUUAGCCAUAUUUUCGAUAUGUUUAGUUUAAUGCAACCUAUGCGGAUAAUAUUAACGUUGAUAUUUGUGCACCUAAUAAUCUCGCGGGAAAUGUCACAUUGAUCUGUCACAGCAGACUGCAAAAAAUAGAUUUUCGGCCAGAUUUUUCGGCCUUUGCAGCAACAUUAAAACCUUAUAAAACAAUGGGUCGGCGAUGGUGGAAGAGCCAGAGCAACUGGGGUUGGAAAAAGAAGUAUGGGUCGUCACAAAAGAAGGCCAAGAGACAACGAUGUGAUACAUUUAUGGAUGACCUAGAUAGCACCCUAAGUUCAACAGAAGUUGAGAGGAUGUUGGGACUUGGUACAAGUGCUGCUUCCACCAGUCAGUCAAUGAUAGAGAUUGAUGAUGAGGAUUUUGGCCAUGAUGAUCUGGAUGACGAGACAUGCUUUGGGACUCUCCGGGGAAACAUAGUAGGCCUGCAGUACUAUGCUGGGAUUGUGAACAGGAAUGAGAUGGUAGCCUUGCAACGAGAGCCCCACAACCCGUAUGACUGUAACGCAAUCAGGGUUCUCAACGUGGUGGGCAUACAAGUGGGUCACAUCAAGCGGGAGCUUGCAAAACCCUUGGCUUUCAUCCUUGAUAAGGGACUGGCUAGGCUUGAAGGGGUAGUACCAUUUGGCAGCAAAAACGUGUUCAGCAUGCCGAUUGACCUCACGCUGUGGGGGAAACCUGAGCAUCAUGGUGAGGCAGUGAGCAAACUGAAAGGCUGCGGGUAUUUUCUCACCGGAGGGUCUCCUCUAUCGUCUGCGGUGGGUGCAAGUCUCUCCCAGGGUCCGUCCAAUGGUGGCCAGCGCAUCAUGCAGCCUUGUCAGCCUAGGAGAACAUACCUUACACCUGCAGAGGUGAAGAAUGAGCUGGAUAAAGUGUUUGAGAACAUUGAGAAGGGAGACAAGACCAGCUUGGCAGAGCCUGCAGAGGCAAUAGUGACCCAGCUAUACCCUCAUCAGAAGCAGGCUCUUAACUGGAUGAUUGUGAGGGAGAACAAGGCCAUCCUCCCACCGUUCUGGGAGGAGAGAGAUGGGCAGUACUUCAACACUGUACUCAACUUCACCACCAAGAUCAGGCCACCCAGCGUCUGUGGGGGAAUUUUGGCCGAUGACAUGGGUCUAGGGAAGACUCUAGAGAUGAUAACGCUGAUUGUGUCCAACUUUGUGAACAACGAACCACUAGCUAGGCCUGUGAAGGGGCUAGUGAGGCAGUCGAGAUCUGAAAGACUGGCCUUACUUAAAGCUAAGAGCCUGCUGUCAAGCGGGUGUGAAGAUGUUGGAAGCCUGCCAGAUAAGAAGCCUGCUCGACAAAAAGAUAACAAGAACUUCAUCGAUGAUGAAACACAUGUGCCAAGAUCUCUACAGGAACUUAUUGACAUGUCGGCAGAAAGCGCUGAUACGGGGGACAGUGGUGAUAAUAGCACAUCAGAAGAGGAAGAAGAAGAACCAACAUUGAGUGAAAAAGUGAUGACUCUGAAAGAGGACCCCAAUUUCAGUCCCUUAGUUGCCCAUAAAGGCAGGAGUAGCAAGGGCAGCCCUGUAGCCUGCCGACGAAGCUCUAGGCCUACAAGAAGUGUGAAAAGACCUGUGAGAUAUACUUACAGUAGUGAUGAAGACUAUCUGAUAAACGAAGAAACACCAAAGAAAAAAGUGAAGGCGCUGGCAGUGGUUCCCACCAUAAAAGAGCGUAUGAAAGGUAAAGCACUUGUGUCAGGGACAAAUGUUCAAAAGGGCAAAGGUAAAAAGGGCCAAAACAGCGCAAUGGCAGAAUGCAAGCAGCAAAAUGAUGCUAAGGUUUCUAGUGAUGGUUACCCAGUAGAUGAGUCUAAAGCAGAUGUGUUGAAGACUAGUGAGCCCCCUGCUGUUAUUGGUGUGGAUGCUAAUGUUUCUGGUAAUGCCAAAACAGCCAUGGUAGCUCAAAUAGCCAAUCAGCCUGCAACAAGGACCCUUGUGUCUUCCCAGGGAUGUUCCGAAGCCCCUAGAGAGAGCAAUACUGCCCCUGCGGAUCCCACCAUUCUCCGGACACCAGCCCCUGACUCCGACACCAGCCUACAACUGAAAGUGCAAGAUGAGGAAAAGACAACUUGUGCCAAAGAUAGCAAGAUACGUCCAGGAACUUUGAACAGUCGGAAGAAAGUAACUUCAAGCUGUGAUAGUCAGGAAAUCAUUUGUGUGGAUUCUAGUCCAGAAGUGGAUGACCUACCUGAUUUAGACCAACCAAAACUCACAGAAGUUUGCUAUGUAGGUGCUGAUGAGGAUGUGUUACCUGACUUGCACAAUCCGUUGCCUUCAAAACAAGCAGCUCUGUUAGAUGAUUUGGCUACAGUGGUUCCAAGGAAUUACCAUGAACCUGUGGUUCAAGAUGUAGGGGAAGCAACUGGACGCACUGCUGUCUCUGGACCAAGAAGUACUCUAAUUGUCUGCCCUUUGUCUGUGCUCAGCAAUUGGAUGGACCAGCUUGAGGUCCAUGUGGAUCGCCACGUUCACCUGAGUAUCUACCUGUACUAUGGAGCUGCCAGGGUCAAAGACACUAACGUGCUUCAGCACCAGGAUAUUGUCAUCACCACAUACUCCACAAUGGCCGCCGACUACAAGAGAUCCCAGACGGGGCGGGGCCAGGUGAGCCCCCUGAAGAAGGUGCGUUGGCUGCGUGUGGUGCUAGACGAGGGUCAUGCCAUACGCAAUCCCCAAUCCCAGCAGAGCAAGGCCAUCAUGGAGCUAGAGGCUGAGAGGCGCUGGGUGCUCACAGGCACACCGAUUCAGAACUCCAUCAAGGAUCUGUGGUCACUUAUCAACUUUUUGAAGGUGACCCCCUUUACAGACCAGCAGUGGUGGAGGCGUACCAUUGAACGGCCUCUAGAGAAGGGGGAGGAUAGUGCCCUCAAGCGUGUACAGCAUCUGAUGGGUCACCUGGCACUGCGUCGCACCAAGACUCAGACAGUGGAUGGCAAGCCGCUGGUAGAGCUGCCAAAGCGCCAGGUGUGCAUUGAGCACAUCACGCUGUCACAGGAGGAGAGAACUGUGUAUGAUGCCAUGCAGAAAGAGGGGAAACUCAUUGUGAGCAAAUAUUUCAAGCAGGGCACGCUGCUGCACCAUUACGGGGAUGUUCUGGCCAUCCUGAUGAGACUGCGACAGCUGUGUUGCCACCCCUUCCUGGUGGCCAAGGCCGCAGAAGCUGUCAAGGAGACACUAGGUGAGCUCUCUAGUUGUGAUGGAGCCCUUAGUGAGGAAAUGCGUAUGAAGCUCAUAGGCACCCUGAUCACUGUGCUGGGCUCAGGGACAGACGAGGAGUGUGCCGUGUGUCUGGACGCGCUCAGGUCACCUGUGAUCACGCACUGCGCCCAUGUAUUCUGUCGACCCUGCAUUGAGUCUGUUAUCAGAAACGAGAGGGCUGAUGCCUUGAUGAACUCCAUACUAAAACUCCGUGUAGAGGACCCUGCCAUCAAGAGCGUGGUGGUCUCGCAGUUCACUAGCUUCCUGAACGUGCUCGAGCACCCACUCACGGCUAAUGGUUUCCGGUUUGUGCGUCUGAACGGCUCGAUGAACCAGAAGUCCCGUACAGAGGCCAUAGAGGAGUUCUCGAACCCCUGUGCGGGCUCUCCCACCAUAAUGCUGCUGUCUUUGAAGGCGGGCGGGGUGGGAAUCAACCUGACCGCCGCUUCCAGGGUGUUCCUGCUUGACCCAGCCUGGAACCCAGCCUCUGAAGAGCAGUGCUUUGAUCGCUGUCACAGGCUGGGACAGACCAGGGAUGUCGUCAUAACCAAGUACAUAGUUGAGGACAGCGUGGAAGAGCGGAUGUUACAGUUGCAGGAGAAGAAGCUUCAUUUGAUGCAGGGUGCCUUUGGACAAAAACAGUCAGCAGAAGAGCGGCGACAGAAACGCAUUCUCGACAUUAAAUCUCUCCUCAACCUGUAAGCUGUCGGAAAGAAGACGUAAAACACAUGAACAUUGCUGUUGAAAAACGGGGCUUAAUGCAUGUGCCUGAACUUCUAGAUUAGCCCAUGCACUCUGCACAUGCUUAUCAGGAAUGACACAUUCCACCUGAACUUGCACUGAAAUGACUUUCUUAAAACAAAAAAUACCAUAAAAGUGGAAAGUGUCUUCUUGCUGAUCUGGUACCACUUUAUGCACAUGCAUUAAGCCCCAUUUUCCCAGAUUGAGGCUCAUAUCUUUUGGGAUAGGACAAUACCAAACAAUACCAAACAGUAUUAAAGACUUGAUGUACUAGAGAGCAUGUACUACGCAUUUAUACAGGAGUUUGGAUGGAGUUGUUGUUAAACUGUUGUAUUUGCAUUGCUUGCCCUCUGUGUUCAUAUACAUUGUGCAGUUUUAAGUUAUAUGAAGAUCUUUUUAAAUUUUCUAGUAUUAUAUCAAUGGUAACACACAUUUAAUAUGUAUCAAAAGUGCAAUUGGUUUCAAUACAAACUAUAAACUGAAACCUGCACAAGAGUCUUCAUGCGUGCUUUAAGAAAAAGAUGAUUAGAAUGUGCUAAUACUUUGUGAAAAAAGUUUGGUUGUAGGUUGUGGUUAUGUUUUGUAGUGGCAAUUUUUGCUACACAUCAGCCAUUAAUGUAUCCAUGUUCAUAUGUUUUGUUGUUUUUACUUUUUGUAAUAUCAUUUAACAGUUCUUAUGUGCAAAAUCAUAAUUAGAAUUGACAUUUUUUAACGCAGUUUAGUUUGUUUUACAGAAUACAUACAAAGCUAAUAAUAUGGGCAUUAUAUUGAAUUUAUUAAAUAUUAUCAAAACAUGUGGAUUGCAUGUCUUGGUAUUUUACCAUAAAUUUUCGUUUCACCAAUGCUCUCAAGAAUAAUAUAUGUACAAAGUUUAACAACAAAUCAUCUAAAAAUAAAUUGCAUUAAAGGAACAAUAUAUUCAAAGAAUAAAUUAUAAUCUAGAACAUCCUGAAUUGAAUACAAAAUUAGAUAUUUUUAGUUCUCAUAUCUGGAAUGUGACUUCUGCCCUCAUGUUUGAAUGUAAAUGCAUCUCCUAGUGUUUUAAUUUUCUGUUCUUGCCAUGUUACUUUGAUAUUUUAGUUUUGUUCAUUUGUUUAAAACAAAAUUAUAGAUUUUAUUUUUUUUAUCAAUAUCGUGUCAGGUAGUAUAAUUAUUUCAUUGUUUUCAAUGUUUUUUUGUUCACUUUUCUGCUUAUAUUAACAUUUGACAGCGCAUUACAGGUUAGCACUAAGCCAAGUAUUUCCAUCAAUUACAAUGUAUUUCAUGUGCAUUUUUGUAAAAGAAAAAUCAACUGUUAGUCUGCAAACGUUAUGAUUAAUAAACUGCCAUGUGAUUUACAGAAUGUAAGCCAAAUUAACAAUAAACGUUUUAAUUAUUA